AUGACGAUCAAAGUCACGAACGGAACAAUUGUUGUAGUUUCCGAUAUGAGAACGGUCAAGGAACUCUUGGACGACCGCAGCGCCGAGUUCGCCUCUCGUCCUGCGUUUUCGGGUAUGGAUGCAGUAACUGGUGGUCGUUACUUUGUAACGGCUCCUGCUGAGAGCCACUACUGGAAAAUAAGCCGAAAGGUCAUCCAACCACUGGUAUCGCCUCAAGCAGUCCAGAAGUAUCAUCCUCUUGCAGACAUGGAGACAACACAAUUGUUGUACGACAUCUUGCAUAAACCUGAGGCCUUUUACGACCAUAUCACGCGCUCAACACUUUCGUUUAUAACGUCCGUGGUCUUUGGACAACGCACCCCCAAGCAUGACUCCCCUAUUGCACUUUCCUUUAGGGAGUACAUCGAACAAUUUUCCAGAGUGUUCUCCCCUGAAUCAGCCCCCGUGGAUUUCAUUCCUGCUCUUAUGUAUGUGCCGGAGAGGUGGGCACCAUGGAAGAAGAUGUGGAAGGAAACACAAGCCAUGCAACAUGCUCUAUAUUUUAAACUUUUUGGAGAGGUCGAGAAGCGCAAGCGAGCUGGCAUGAAUGACGAGUGCUUCGUUGCAAAUAUGUUGGAACGGCAAGAGGAACUGGCGCUUGAACGUGAUACUAUUGCAUACAUUUGUGGGGUCCUUUUAGAUGGCGGAGCGGAGACGACUGCCUCAUUUUUGCAGAAUCUCAUUCUCUGCCUGGUGAAAUCCCCAGCGGUAUUAAAGAAAGCCCAAAUGGAGGUGGAUAGCGUCGUUGGAGAUAGACUUCCGGAUUUCAAUGAUAUCAAAUCUAUGCCUUAUGUUCAAGCCGUCAUCAAGGAGACUCAUCGCUUCCUACCCACCGCACCAACUGCCAUCCCGCACGCAUCUGUUGAUGAUUCUGAGUAUCGAGGAUAUAUCAUCCCGAAGAAAACCCCUGUUCUCAUCAAUGUUUACCUUUAUGAACGACCUGAAGACUUUUGGCCUGAGCGGUAUCUGCUAGCGCCGGAUGGUACUAUUUCUGGACUGCCUGACGGUAUGGGAUACGCCCGUACAACACUGUCCUUCGGAAGUGGCAAGAGGUUAUGCCCUGGGAUGUACCUUGCGAAUACCAACACUAAUCUAGCUGUCAUGCGUCUUCUCUGGGCAUUUGACUUCGCCUCCAUCGAUUUUCCAGCCCCUUCGACACCAAAAUGGGAUAUUGAGAAUGAAUUUAUUGAUCGAUACCUCUCCCGUGAGUCCGACCUGAGCUUCCUCUGA